CUCACACCACUGCACACUUCUUUCACACGCGCUUUUUUUUUUUCUCUAAAUCCAGGAAGAUUGAAGCCAUUUAACUCAUCAUGAGGAAACUGUUGGCUGCACUGACAGCUCCACCCACGCUGCGGCUUGGCUAACGCUUGCCUUUAUAAAGAGGAAAGCCUUCAUGGCACGGCAGCAACUGCAGACAGGCAAGCAUUCCACAGAGCAUCCAAGCAGCAGCUGUCUGACAUUCUGAAAUACCAUAAAAGGAAGAAGAAAACAAGAAACAUGUCAAAAAUGAACUUCCUCCUUCUUCUAGUGACUUUUUCAUUGUUCAGCUUUACUUUGGAAGCUAAAUCAAGAUCGAAAUCAAAAGCAGGUUGUGUUUGUUUAAAUGGAGGAACAUGUCUCCAGUACUACUUCUCCAGUGAAAAGUGUCGAUGUCCCAGGCAUUUCAAGGGGGAUCAUUGUGAAAUAGAAACCAGAGCAACAUGCUAUAAUGGUAGUGGCGUUCACUACAGAGGAACUCACUCAAGAACUGAAACUGGAAUGGAGUGUCUUGACUGGAGUUCUCGAUAUCUUGACUACCACUACAAUGCUUUUCAGACUGACGCAUUGAAACUGGGACUUGGUAAACACAAUUACUGCAGGAAUCCUGACAUGAGCAAGAAACCUUGGUGUUAUGUCAAAAAGCGAUGGCAGGUCGUUCGUGGUUUCUGCUCAGUGGAACCUUGUGAAACAAAACUAACAUCUACAUGCGGCCAGAGAGAACAGCAACAGUUUAAGAUAGUCGGAGGCAAUGUCGCCACCAUCAAAUCCCACCCUUGGAUGGCUGCCAUCUAUCACCACAAGAGGCAGGAGUAUUUUCUGUGUGGUGGGAGCCUGAUCAGCCCCUGCUGGGUCUUGACUGCCGCUCACUGUUUUCCUCCCGACGCGGCAACAAAGGCUCAUCAAUAUGUCGUCUAUUUGGGAAAGAACGCCCUGAAUGAAAGCGACCCUCUGACAGAGCAAAGAUAUGGAGCUGAGAAGAUCAUUCUUCACUCGCAGUUUGAUGAACAGAAAGGUUUUAAUAAUGACAUAGCCCUAAUUAAAAUCCAGUGUUCAAAGGAAACCAGCACAGUGAAGACAGUCUGCUUGCCUCCUCCUAACCAGAAGCUGCCAGUGGGCUUUACUUGUGAAAUUGCUGGAUAUGGAAAGCAGGGUCAAUAUUCCUGGGAGUAUUCCAAACUUUUGAGAGACGCAUCAGUGGAGCUGAUCUCGCAAAGCACUUGCAACCAGUACUACACCACUGGGAUAACAGAUAACAUGUUCUGCGCUGGCAGUCCUAGCUGGAAGACUGACGCCUGCCAGGGAGACUCAGGAGGACCAUUAACUUGCGAAGUGCAGGGACAAAUGUUUCUCUAUGGCAUUAUUAGCUGGGGUGAUGGAUGUGCCAUCGAGAGAAAACCUGGGGUCUACACUCAGGUUACCAAGUAUAAUCAGUGGAUUGCAGACAACACUGGAGUGGCAGCAUUCAGCACAGGAGUGAUGUACCCAGAGAAAUGAUCUGCUUGAACUGGAGGGAUGUGCACAGAAAUGAAGUGACAGGGCCUGAAAUGGUGCCACGCAACCUUAUCUGCUGUACUGUAAGGCUGGGAUGGAAUAUUCAGUAGCAUCAAUCUCAGUGUAAGAGAUGGCCUCCUAAAGACAUACAAACAAUAUACCCACCGCAUUUUUAUAUUUAAUGAAAGGCUUUCAAAAACAUGGCGUUAGUGCUAACUAAGUAAUACGUCAACAUGUACUGCAACAGAACUGAGCGGGAGGUGAGCUCAUUGUGGGCAUUGCUUUACGUCCACCUUUAACAGGGUGCCAUGGCUGACCGAACCAUUUAAUAAUGUCAGCUAGCUCCAGACUUCGGCCAGUAAGAUGGGUUUCCAUUAUUUAUUUUCUUACCUAUUUAUCUUUGUCAUUUUUGUAUUUAUGUAUUUAUUUGGCCAGUCUGAAUUCAUAAUUUGUAAAUCUUAAAAUGUCUUUAUUUAUCGCAAGUAUUUAAAUGAAGUGUUUGGAGUCUUAUUUCAGAGGCUUGUUUUUACCAGGGAGUCCGAUCCCUCAGUGAGGGAUUCAUAUUUCUAGAUCUGCAAACUUAUCUCUGUAAACAAACGUACAUAAUUAGUGUAUAUAAUACUCAAAUCAGUGGGUCAUGAAUGUUAUUUUAGUCCCUUUUCUGCUAUUACAAGUUAACAACAUGUUGUUAGUCCAAAAGAAAUCAGAAUAAAGAAACAUCCAGCAGUACAUUUGUACCAUUCUGGCUGGCAAGUGUGAAAUUUAUUUUUUUGACUAUACAUUUCCAGUACAAAAAAUUGUUGGCAUAGAUUCCUGUUAUUUAAUGGCAUUUACCCUCACUGUAUUUUUUUAAUAUGUUAAAAAUGGCUUCCCUUUUUUAUCAUUUAUUCAUUUUACAAUUUGUAAUGAAUUUUACUUAGGGCAUUAUGUAAAAUGUUAUAUUACUUACCAAUUUAUACCUGAAUUACUAUUUAUUAACUUUUAAAAUGAAGGCUGGUACUUCAGUAUUUUCUUUGAAUUUAAAUGUAAAACACUGUAAAAAUAUAACUUUUACAUAUGGGUGGGGGUCUAUUGGCAGAUCACCUUUGCUGAAGUUGUAAAUUGGUGAGUGUUCUGAAAACUGCUAAUUAACAUUAAAUAAAAGCUGAGUUGAAACAGUU